CUGAUGGUACCAGCGUCAAAAGGUAAGAAUAUAAAAGCUCAACCACCCUUGAGCAGAAUGAGCCGGGAAGAACUGGAGGACAGCUUGUUUCGUCUUCGUGAAGAGCACAUGUUGGUGAAGGAGCUUUCUUGGAAGCAACAGGAUGAGAUCAAAAGGUUGAGGACGGCCUUGCUCCGCCUGACCGCAGCGGGCCGGGGCCCCAGGGCGGAUGUGGCGGAGGCAGAGCAGCCGGCAAGGCGGCGGCGGAAGGCGGGUUGGCUGCAGCCCCCUGCUAAGCACCAGCGCCCCCUGAUGCAUGGGCUGCAACUGCAGUACCAGCGUGUCGGCCCCCCUGCUCGCGGACGCUCCCAGCCGCGGGUCCGCGUGGGACACAGACAGCUCCACACCGCCGGUGCCCCAGCGCCCGAGAAACCCAAGAGGGGGCCCAGUGACAGGCUGAGCUACACAGCCCCUCCCACAUUCAAGGACCAUGUGACAAAUGGGAAGACCAGAGGUGAAAUAUCCAGUGAACUCAAUUUCUACUUCUUCUUUUUUGUGGUUAACGUUCCUAAUUCUAAGAAUGUAAUUUCUUUCAGUAAAGUCAUAAUUAUGACUAAACUAAUUGAUCUGUGCAUGCCUAACAGUGCUCAUGUUAUGACCAGCAAUACUAUGCUAGUGGAAGAACCACCCAAGUCUCCUGAGAAAAUGUGGUCCAAAGAUGAAGAGUUUGAACAGAGAAGCUCUUUGGAGUGUGGUCAGAAGGCCAUGGAACUUCGAGCUUCCAUUAAGGAGAAUAUAGAGCUGAUUCGGCUUAAGAAGCUCUUACAUGAAAGGAAUACCUCAUUGGUAGCAACAAAAGCACAAUUAACAGAAGUUCAAGAGGCAUAUGAAACUCUGCUCCAGAAGAAUCAGGGAAUCCUGAGUGCAGCCCAUGAUGCCCUCCUUGGGCAAGUGAAUGAGCUCAGGGCAGAACUGAAGGAGCAAAGCAAGAAGGCUGUGAGCUUGAAGAGCCAACUGGAAGAUGUGUCCAUCCUGCAGAUGACACUGAAGGAGUUUCAGGAGAGAGUUGAAGAUUUGGAAAAAGAACGAAACUUGCUGAAUGACAAUUAUGAAAAACUCUUAGAAAACAUGCUGGACAGCAGUAAUCAGCCUCACUGGAGCACUGAGCUCCUAGGAGAACAGCUACAGCAGAAAGUCUCUCAGUUGCAAGACCAGCUGGACAGUGAGCUGGAGGAGAAGAGGAAAGUCUUACUUCAGCUGUCCAGAGAGAAAGCUCAAAACAAGGAUCUGCAGCUUGAAGUCACCAAUCUGCUUCAGAAGCAUAAGCAGGAAGUAGAGGUCCUCCAAAAUGAAGAGACAAUUUCCCAGUCUCUUGACAGGCAAUCUGAAUCAGCCACUCACCCAGCUCUAUUCCAAGAGACCACUCCGACAGAGCCCUGUGAACCCAAAAACCAAGAAGAAAAGAAACUGUCCCAGAUGCUAAGUGAGUUGCAAGUGUCGCAUGCGGAGACCACGCUGGAACUAGAGAAGACCAGAGACAUGCUCAUUCUGCAGCGUAAAAUCAACGUGUGCUAUCAGGAGGAACUGGAGGCGAUGAUGACAAAAGCCGAUAAUGAAAGUAAAGAUCAAAAAGAAAGACUGGAGAGGUUGAAUCAACUGCUAGACCUCAAGAACAAUCGUAUCAAUCAGCUGGAAGGUAUUUUGAGAAGCCAUGGCCUUCCGCUAUCCGAACAGCUCAAAGAUGUGGCUUAUGGCACUCGACAGUUGUCCUUAUGUCUGGAAACCCUGCCAGCUAAUGGAGAUGAGGAGAAAGUGGACAUUUCUCUGCUGCAUCAGAGUGAAAAUCUUUUUGAACUACACAUCCACCAGGCCUUCCUGACAUCUGCUGCCCUGGCUCAGGCUGGAGACACUCAACCUACCACUUUCUGCACCUAUUCCUUCUAUGAUUUUGAAACCCACUGUACCCCACUAGCUGUGGGGCCACAGCCCCUCUAUGACUUCACCUCCCAGUAUGUGGUGGAAACAGAUUCCCUUUUUUUGAACUACCUUCGUGGGGCUUCAGCCCAGCUUGAUCUACACCAGGCUAUAGCCAGUGAGCACCACACCCUUGCAGCUGGAUGGAUUUGCUUUGAGAGGGUGCUGGAGACUGUGGAGAAAGUCCAUGGCUCUACCACACUUACUGGAGCUGAUGGAGAAGACUUUGGGGUGCUAGAAUACUGGAUGAGGCUGCGCUUCCCCAUAGGAUCCAGCCUACAAGCAGGCAAUAAGCGAAAGAAAGCUCAGGCCUACCUGUCAGCCAGCGUGCUUGGAGCCUGGGAGGCGCGGGAGGAUAAGUCCAGAUCAGAGACUUGGAAGCAUCAGAAUGAGCUGCGGGUGGAAAUCAUCAGAUGCUACGGCCUCCGGAGUCGACAGCUGGGAACCCAGCCCAGUCCAUACGUCAUGUACCGCUUCUUCACCUUCUCUGACCACGACACUGCCAUCAUUCCAGCCAGUAACAAUCCCUGCUUUAGAGACCAGGCUCGAUUCCCAGUGCUUGUGACCUCUGACCUGGAUAAAUAUCUGAGGCAGGAGGCCCUGUCUGUGUACGUUUUUGAUGAUGAAGACUCAGAGCCUGGCUCGUACCUUGGCCGAGUCCAAGUGCCCUUGCUUCCCCUGGCACAAAACAAAUCCAUUAAAGGUGAUUUUAACCUCACUGACCCUGCGGGGAACCCCAGUGGAUUUGUUGAGGCGAAACUGGAUUGGAAGUCUUUCUACCUACCCCCAGAGAGCUUCCUGAAACCAGAAGCUCAGCCUGAGGAGAAGGACACCAAAGACAGUUUAGAGAUUUCAUCUGAAGAGGAAAAGUCUUCUUUUUCUCCCCAGGACCAGAUGGCAUUUGCUGAGAUUCCCACUGAAGCUGGCCGGUAUCAAGCUAAGCGAAAACCUCCACAGGUAGGAGAAAGAAAGGAAAGGGAACAUCAGGUUGCAAGCUACUCGAGAAGAAAACAUGGCAAAAGAACAGGCAUCCAAGGGAAGAACAGAAUGGAAUAUCUUAGUCGUAACAUCUUAACUGGAAAUACACUACAACAGAUGAGCUACACUGAAUGGAAGUUCUCAGGGCUUAAGAGCUCCAGCGAUGACGGUUUAAAAAAUCAGCAAAUGGAAGAGGAAAUGACAUCAUCGCACUCAGCAGUGAUGCAGAAAGAAGCCCUAAAUCCUGUAACUGAUAAAGAAUCCUGUGAACAGUCUUCUGAAGUCAGUGAAGCACAAACUACAGAUAGUGAUGACAUAGUGACACCGGUCUCUCUGAAAUGUCCUAAGGCAGGUUCGGAGAAGAUGUGCAUUGAAAUUGUCUCCCUGGCCUUCUACCCAGAGGCUGAAGUGAUGUGUGAUGAGAAUGUCAAGCAGGUGUAUGUAGAGUACAAGUUCUGUGAUGUACCUUUGUCAGAGACGGAGACCCCAGUGUCCCUGAGGAAGCCAAGGGCGGGAGAAGAGAUCCACUUCCACUUCAGCAAAGUGAUAGACUUGGACCCACUGGAACAAAAGGGCCGAAGGCGGUUUCUGUUCGCCAUGCUGAACAGACAAGAUCCUGAGCAAGGACGUUUAAAGUUUACAGUGGUAAGUGAUCCUAUGGACGACGAAAAUAAAGAAUGUCAAGAAGUAGGAUACGCGUUUCUGGAACUGUGGCAGAUCAUGGAAUCAGGAAGAGAUGGUGUAGAGCAAGAGCUAGACAUUGUCAGCCCUGAAGAUCAGGCCACCCAAAUAGGAAGGCUGAAGGUGUCCCUUCAAGCUGCCGCCGCCCUCCAUGCUGUUUACAAGGAGAUGACAGAAGAUACGUUUUCGUGAUGGAGCAAGUACUGUUCCAGUCUAAACUCUCGGAGGGAACCAUAGUAAAAAAGUCUCUUAUAAAGUAACUUGCUGUACCAUGAAUUUGGUUUACUGUGAUGUCUGGUAUCUCUCAACCUAAUGACAAAAGCUUAGAAGGACGAAAGUGAAUUUCUGUGAUCCCCCUGGACAAAGGCAUUAUUCUCUAACGUCUCAGCACUCUGCCAGGUGAGGCGCAGGCCUGCUUUCGGGAACUGCAAAACAACGGUCACAAAAGGUGAAUUUACAAAAACAAAACAACAACAAAAAAAACCACAGUUUAUUUAUCUUUUAGUUCUUCCAAAAUUGAAAAUAUCAAGUCCUACCGCUAAGGAGAAAAAAACAAACAAACAAACAAAAUCCGAGACCCCUCCCCCCCUUCUCUUAAAGUCACAGAACACAGAAGGAACUGCAGUGGGACAGGUGGGUGCAGAGAACCGGGAGGGGGAGGAUGGCGAGAUAAACUCCCCAAAUACUUAAAAAGCUGUUCAACAGAAACUGUGAUAAAUACAGGACAAUGCAAGACAAGUAAAAAUAAGGAGCAGCAGUGAUGAGAGGCUGUGUUGUAGACGUGGCCUCCCUUCCUCUUCUCUUUUCUCAUCAGGGUAAUUCUAGGCCCCAGGCAUGACCUGCCCCUUCCAGAUCUAAAUGUUGAUUCCUCUGAGCCUCCUUCUAGGUUUCACUAGAAGCAGUGCGUGAGGCACAACCAUUCUUCCUCAGAUACAUCAGAAAAGAAACAGUGGUAAUUUUGCUUCUACCAUGGUACCAUGUGUGAAUUUGUGAGGAGGAUGAAACCGAGCCUGGGAGUGCCACUGCUUCUUAGGUCGUCCAAGGCAACAGAUACCUCUAUCUGCGUGAGGCAAAAAAGCAGGAAAACUCAGACGGAGGUACCGGCCCGAUCUGCCUCACUAGCUCAGGUUGUGUGGUUUAUCACAACUAUUAGCAAAUUCCAAGAACCUUUUCUUGAGUACUGCAAAGAUGGGACGUAAAGAGAUGUGAGCAAGGUCAUGGCAGUAGGGUAGGAUGGAGGCUCGGAUCUGCUGGUCAAGAACCAUGGUACAGGUAGUUAGGGGUCACCUCGUACCAAUGUCUUGGAAAUACAGCUUUGAGACAUCAAAGAAUAAGAUGUCAGAAGCCAUCGAUGUCCUGGCAGAAGGUGGCGGGAAGAGAGGAAUGAAACGGUACUUAGUAACAGCGGAAGCCUCUGCCCUUCUUCAAGAACACCUCCUCCCUCGCCAUCUGGAUGGGGCCACUGGCACGUGUCCUGGUGGGCCUGGAAUUCCCCGAGUAGAUUGGUCCACACAAAUGGCCCCCUAAACCCAUAAACACAAAUGGCAAAACUUCAAAA